AUGCUAGACGAGGCCCUGCCCACUUUCUUCCUGAAGCCCUCGGCGGACAAGAUCAAGCACCACGAAUCUUACUACUACACCCAACAUGGCUCCGAGCCAGAAGCCUCGUACUCGCUUACGGGCAUCGACCCAGCCUCCAACGAAGCGCGAAACACGUACGCGGUAGCUCUCUUCGACGCUCACAACCCCGACAUCCUGUACGGAGAAGUGCUCUCAAAGCCAGGGUGGUCCCAGCCGUCGCUGUCGCAGGACGACAUCCGCAGGAACGGCGGCAUCCCACCCCCUCCGCAGCCCAUCUUCCCCACCGAGUUUGCCAUUCAGCUCUACAACCCAGACCAGCAGAUCCUCGUCAAGCAGCAGACGACAAAAUGGAGCUCGACUGUCUCGUACGAAUUCAGCAUGCCGCAGACCUCCUUCCGAACGCCUAGCUCCUCCACUCUCGACCGCACCAUGAACGACCCCGGUGCCGACGCCACCACCCCGCAGAUAAACUUCGCAUGGAGGAAAGAAGGUAGGCUUGGCAAGGACAUGACCUGCUACCUUACCGGCAAGUCUACCGAUGUCGUGGGCAAGAAGGCGAAGAAGAACAAGGAGCCGGAUAUUGCAGUUGCCUUGUUCUCUGGGCUGAAGGAGAUCACCAUCAUGGAGCCGAACCUCUAUAGGGUGGAAAUGGAGGACUACAAAGGUCUAGAAGUGGUCAUCCUGCUCGGCGGUGCCGCCAUUCGGGACCUCUUCUUCAGCAACCCGCGCGAGUCGUACCACAUCUUGGACCCCAACACGCGCAAGAACAGCGGCGGCAUUCGGACACGAAAAGGCUCGUCGCCACUUGAGCCGUCAACCGUCAUGCCACCCAUAAUGACGCCCCAGCCGCCAGCGCAACCCCAACGGCCUGCCCAACGGCCGGUCCAAAAUAUCAGCAGCCCUCCCGCGUCCGGGCUCUACAACCAGCCAUCCCGCAACACAGCCAAACGUACGUCUCUCCCUCCGCUGAAGACUGAGAACCAACCCGGUCCGCGGCUUGAUCCUCGGCGACAGUGGGAAUUGGAUGCCGAGACGGCGCGACUAAAGGAACAGGUCGAGGCCGAAGCAAGAGAGCAACGGCGACAAGCUGAAGCACGGCGGAAGCAAUUAGAAGAAGAGGAAGAGCGAAAGACGCGGCGGUUCCUCGAGGAUGAAGAAAGGCGGCGAAAGCACGAAGAGAAGGAGCGCCGGCGGCGACAGGCUGAGAUAGACCGGGAGACUGAACGGCUCCGGAGACAGUUCGGAGAUCAGAGCAAUCUCCUACCUCUCUCACAACACCCGCAAAGACACUCCGUGCCCCUUACCCAAGGCCCGUUCCAUCGUCCUCCUGUACCUGCAUCGCAGCCGCUCCGCCCUGGUCCCUACCUGCAGCCUCCCGGGCCCCAGGCCACUGGGUCACAAAGCGCGUACUUCAGCAACGGCCUUCCAAAACCCAAUGCGCAGCAGAAGAUGAAGAAGAAGAGCUUCUGGGGCUUGCGAAGCUCGAGCGAAUCAAGUACGACUACCUUGAGAAAAAAGCAGAGUAGCAUGUUUUAG